CCCCACGUGGUGUCCUCUAUAAAAUCCGGACCGCCUGUGUAUCUUUCGACUUUACUUUCAGCUAUCGUCCAUGCACUUACAUACCCAUUCCGAUCGGUCCGCUGUACCGCGCUUACAAAUGACGUUUUAAACGCUGUCACCCGAUGUGCGCUCGAACACAUUACGAUACCUCAAUCGCGAUACCUGCUUCCUAGCACAACUGCGGCUUAUGUCGCCUUGUGCAAGAAACGCGCCGUGGCGCCCAACACUAUCAACGUUGACAUCUUACAUGCCGGCAGCGUUGAAGCGCAUUGGAUAGGCGCAUCGGAUGCCGAUACUGUCAUCCUCUAUUUCCAUGGCGGGGGGUAUACGCAGCCAAUGAACGAAGGGAUUCCCAGAUACUUGUUGCGACUGUUGUCAGAUCUCAAUAGUCAGACUACCAGAUGUCGGUCUAUUGCGGUGCUUGUUGUUGCCUACACGCUUGCGCCCGAGGCCACAUAUCCAACGCAACUGAAGGAAGCCUCGGCUGUCUUAUCGCACCUCAUCACCAACACAGGUCGCAACCCCUCGGACAUAUUCUUAUCAGGCGAUUCGGCUGGGGGAAACCUGGGCUUGGCUUUGAUUUCUCACCUCCUGCACCCGCAUCCAGAAGUGACCGCGGUUAGGCUCGAACAGCCACUUGCUGGCAUGCUUCUGUACAGUCCUUGGGCUGGCUUUAGCACUGAUUACUCCAGCUUCGAUAACAUCGCAUUGGACUUGAUGUCGCCUCUUGCUCUUCGUAAAUGGUCAGCCAUGUUCCUCGGCAAAGCCAACAAGAAUGAUCCAGAAUCCGAUCCAGGUUCGGUGUCCGGCGAUGCAUAUACGGAAGCUUGCAAGAAUGAUGCAUCCUGGUGGAAUGACAUGCAUCGCAUAGUCAGCGAUGUCUUCGUCUCGUACGGGGGCUAUGAGUUGCUUGCUGAUUCCAUCAAAGAACUAGAAAUUCAAAUGAAGAGAGGUUGGGCUCAGGGUGGAGGUGAUCCAAGCCGUGUCGUGUUUCUUAAAGGCGCGAAAGAGGCACACGUUGCGCAAAUAUCUGACAUCAUGAUCCAUGGCGCAAAGAGCAGCUCCCAGGUUGCUAUCGAGAAUUGGUACAAGGCGCGCCUACAAUUGUAGUGUUCGCACGACACCACAACCGGGUGUUACAAAGUCCCAAGCUUCGUACAUACAUGCUUAGCAGUCUUAGCAUAUCACGACAAUUUCACGUUCGACAACAACUAA